UCGGAGUCCCCAGCAGCUAUGGGUUCCGAUGCUGAUAUGGAGGAUUACAGAUGAGGAGGCCGAGGAAGAGGACGUUGACAUUGAGAAUCAAUAUUACAACUCCAAAGGUAAUGUAUUUUCCACCAUUGUUGAAAGCUGUUUUCCAAUCUUUGGUUCAGGUAUGGUUGAGAGUGAUCCUGAAGGGAGCACUUUCAGGAUUUUAGCAAGUAGUUGGCAUGGAGCCUGACAAGGCCGAGUGGGGAUUUAAGGCUUUGAAGCAAACGGUAUCGUCUCGGGAGGUAUAAAGAGAUGAUGGCCUCAUACAGGGUCAUGUUGACUCGAAACUAGAGUGAGAAAUGCAUAAACAACAUCAUGGAUUUUGUUUCUGGAUCUGCUACUCCCAACUUUGGUCUCCUCCAAGACUUUUAUCAGACCACUCUCAAGGCCCAAGAAUGAGAGGCCACUGCAGCUUGGGCCUAUAAGGCAAUUAGUCUUUAUUAAACCUACAGUCAUUUUUUGUGAUUGAUUGCUAGUUUUAGUACCUACAGUCAAAUAUGUUUUUGUUUGUUAGCGAUGCAAAUUACUUAUGUUAAGAAUCUUGAGGCCACUGCAACUUGCCGAUGCAACUGUUUACUUCUGGAUGGAAACUAGGUUGAAAUCGAGGGCUACUCGCAGACUAUUAAUUCCCUGAUGGGAAUUAUUGUACUUAAUGUCUUGGGGUUGUCUUUCAGCCAAUGAACUGGGGAUAUAUUCCUGUAUUAGUACUACUUAUUUAUCAUACUGUAUUGAUUUCUUCAUCUUCAAUAUGCAUGGCCUGGCAGAUAUUUAGUCCUGGCUAAUAUGCUGAUGGAGUCCGAGGUUAAUCCAUUUGAUGGUCAAGAAGCAAAUCCAUAUAAAAAUGAUCCUGAGAUCUUGGCAAUGACAAAUCUGAUAGCAGCAUAUCAACGAAAUGAGAUCUUGGAGUUCGAGAAAAUUCUUAAGGUGGGAACCCAUUGGAUUCUCAAACCCUUUCAACGAAGAGAUGGAGAUAGAGGAAUUUGCGUCUUGAUUACAAUCCAAUCAGGAUUACUUAUUCCGCUGGACUCUUGA